AUGAGCCCCCUGAAUUCAACCUUCUUUAUAAAUGAUGAUAUUGUGCAUCCUGACUUCUUUUUCAUAAGUGGUCUUGCUGGUAUUCCCCACACAAACUAUUACUAUAUCUUCUUGGGCUUUGUUUAUGCAGUGACUGUACUGGGAAACACUUUUGUCAUGUUUAUGAUUUACAGUGACCACUGCCUUCACAGUCCAAAAUACAUUGUAGUUUUUAAUUUGGCUCUGUCCGACUUGUGUGGAAGCACUGCAGUCAUUCCUCAGGUGAUUGACACUUUCCUGUUUAAAUCACACUUAAUCUCAUUUGAAGCCUGCUUGACUAAUAUGUAUUUUGUUUUAGGUUUUCUCACUAUGCAGUCUUUCACUCUAACACUGCUGUCCUAUGAUAGAUGUGUUGCUAUAUGCUUUCCACUGAGAUACAAUGACCUUGUGACUCAUAAGUCAAUCCUGUUGAUCAUAGCCAUAUUAUGGAUGAUUGCAGGAAUGGCCAUUCUCAUUGCAGUGAUGUUCAUCAGCACACUGUCCUUCUGCAAAUCCACUGUGGUAAACAGUUAUUUCUGUGAUCACGGACCUAUAUACCUUAUGGCGUGCAAUGACAACACUCCAAGUGCUGUGAUUCGUUGGACACAUCCUGUUCUGAUUCUCUGGCUUCCAGUACCUUUUAUCACAGGCACAUACAUUUGUAUAGCCAGGGCGUUAUUAAAAAUCGCAGCCUCAGAACGCCUCAAAGCCAUGAAAACCUGCACCUCUCAUUUGAUCUUGGUGAGCGUGUUUUAUUUUCCUUUAUGCUUCACCUUUGCACUGGCCUCUAUCAUCCACCGGAACGCCAGGAUUAUUAACCUGUCUCUGUCGACUGUCAUGCCGCCUAUGCUGAAUCCAAUCAUCUACUCACUGAAGACAGAAGAAUUCACAGAAUCCAUUAAAAAGCUGUACAGAAGAACAAUGAUACACAUCACUGUAAGGAAAAAAUGA